GUUAAGUUGGCAUGCUUUGUUUGAGUGAAGUUGUACAUGUAUAUGUGCACGUCCUGCUUGGUGAAUUAACCUAUGUGUGGCGUACUGGGGCGCCACAUGGCACCACGGCACCAACCAUAAAGCACCAUAUGGCAACCUAGAGCGCCAGGGGCGCCCACGGGGUACCCCUGAGCCGAACCAUUGUCCAAGGACGCCCACGGGGUUGCGACGAGCUGACAACCCUUUUCCAUGGGGUACCAUAGGACACCAGAGGCGCACAGGUGUGGCGACGAGAAAAUACACAAAGUUUUCCGAUUCGAUGUAAGAGACCAUGGUGCACGCACUGCUUUGGAGCAUGGUCAGCAAUCUCCAGGAACGAGUUCCGUCUCAUCAUCAAGAACGCCGAUGUCUACAAGGUUCUCAAACGGUUUGGCGUAGAGAUCGAGCAUCUCGCGUCGAUGGAGGAAUCCACGAGUCCCUGUACGCCCGCACAGAGCACAUCGACUUCGACACCUUGCUCGAGGCGAUCGGGCAGCUAAACGCAUCAAAGGUCGCCACUGUCAGGGACAUCAUCCCAGGACGUGCUGAAGAGGGCGCUGCACUCCAUCGAUCUUCGGCUGAGCUCGCCGCUCCGGCACAGGUCAAAGACAACGUAGGGCAGCUGCGGAUGAGGCAGGACGCUCUGUCGAACCGCGCGUUGAGGCACAAGCUUCCCGCGUGUCGCUCCUCCCUCCUCCUCAUCCUCCUCCUCCUCAUCCUUCCCUGUCGUUUCCCUCCCCGUCGUUUCCCUCUUCGUAUUCCUCCUUCUCCCUCUCCCCAUCCCGCCCGUUGAAAAAUGGCAGCAGGAAUGCGUGUGGUUGUGGCAGGUAUCUUGGGAUCCAUAUCAGUGUGGCCACCAAACCAGGACGCGAUCAUACAUCUCGACGAUAAGCAGACUAUCGCGUCUUGUUGGAUGGUUGGCCACAUGAGCAGAUGAAGUCCUUCCCGAGUCGCCGUGCCAGAUGCCAUCCGAGGAUCCUGAAGACCCGAUGGUCUCACGUGUUUUUAGGUGCCCAAUCUUAGCUGUUCUAAUACCAGUUUCCCGCCUGCGCCCUCAGUGGCCGCCCUGCGCGGGCAUGCAGGCCUGCGCUGACCUGACCUGACAUGAGCCUCCUGGCUGUCCCAUAUGCAGCGAC